AUGAGAACAUCUUCUGUGAAUCUGAUGAUGGCUGCUGUGGCCUUUUUCGAUAUUUGUUCACUCUCCCAGGAGUUUAAACUUCUUUAUGAUAGACUCACGAUUUCUGAAUUGUGUCUACUAACCGAAUCAUAUACUUUCAUUCUUUUCCAAACAUGUUUCUUCACAUUGACCAAUUAUUCGAGAAGAUACUCCACAUGGAUCUGUCUUUCAAUUGCACUCAUCAGAACAAUUGUUGUUCGGAAUCCGAUGAGUCGAUUUCAUGAAAACCUUACAAAACCGGCAGCAGGAUAUUCAGUUAUUUUGGGAGUGUUCCUGGCCAGUGCCCCUCUGGGAAUUCUGAAGUUGUUGGAGUUUCAGAUUGAAUGGACUGAGACUAUUUCAUUUUGUAAUGAAAACAUUACUACAAGGUUUUAUUACAGUCAAAAGUCGGAUCUUUUUAUGGCGAAUAAUCGACUUAUUCUCAACACAGUUUAUGUAACAGAUGCUGUAGUAUCGAAUGUGAGUUUACUAAGGAAGGAUCUCGAGUCAAGAUGGAGUUUGUGGGCCUAG